UGUAUGAUUGAAACCACGAUCAUGUUCAAGAACACGCGUUAGGUUGUCAGCAGGCCGUACAGAGAGAAGAGGGAAAUCUGCCUUAGAGACCGAACUCAGGCAUUAAUUAACCCUGUUUUCAGUCCGGAAGUGUUGACAUUCUUACUUUACUUUAAGUUCCUUAUUAUUAAUGAAUAACAUCAGUGGUCUGUCAGAGUCCACUUCCUGUCUGACAAUGCCUCUGUUUCGAGCUUCUGGUGAACGUGGUGGAGCAAAGGCUCGGCCGAGGAGGAGGAGGACGAAGAAUAUGGAGUGGAUGGGGAGCUGCAGGAGGACAGAUGAGGAAGGUCUCGUCCUUUCGUUGACUCGUCUCUGUCUGCUGAGCCUGGCAGACAACAUGAAGGAAGUGUGGGCGAAGGACUAUGCCGAUAACUACCUGGAUCAUUAUUCAUUCAGAUACAUCAUGGGGCCUUUCAACUUACUGCCGGGUGAGCUGGUCGAGGAGCUGACGUGGCUCCUGUGCACCAGAAAGCAGAUGUCCCGUGCAGCCCUCCACCUCAUGCUGGUCCCCCAACUCCGUGGCCUGUCUCUGGAAGGGUGUCCUGGUCUGGUCACCUCCGCCCUCUGUGCCCACAUUGCUGCACGCUGCCAGGGUCUGUUGAGCCUGGACCUAUCUGGAGGCCAGCAGCUGCCCUCAAAGGUCCUGUCUGAAACCCUCUGCUGUCUUCCAGCCCUGCGCUCACUCUCCCUGGCUGGUACACCUUGUGACAGAUGUGUAAUCAGGACGAUUGCCCAUCGCUGUCGUUUGCUGCGACAUCUGGACAUAUCCCGCUGUCAUUUACUUUCCCCUGCUGCUCUUCUUCCUCUUGGAGGUGGGGGUUCCUUCUCGUCCUCUGACUGUCCUUCUAAGUCACCUCGUUGCACCUCCCAGUCUUUGAUUUCCUCUUAUGGCUCUGCACCCCUGUCUCCUCUCCCGCUCAGCAGUCUGCUGGCUUCGGAUAUUGGCUUUGGGGAACAAGAGGGAGACCCUGUGGCGGCAGCAGCCUACCUCCUUCUCUCCCUGCCCAGCCUGGAGAGAGUGGCCAUGGAGAGUCUUGCACAGGCCUGCUGCCUCAUCCAGCACAGGCAGUUCGACCAGACAGAUGAGUUUACUGACAGAGAAGGAGUUCCCAGGCUGGGGGAGGUGUGGAGGGAGUGCAGGCACAGACAAGGCACAGACAGUUGGAGGAAAAAGAAAGAGGGAGCAGCACCAGAUGAAGAAGAGGAAGUGGAAAGUAGUGAGAGUGAAGAAGAUGCAAGUAGAGAUGAAGGGCCAACUUGCUCUCAUAACCAAAAAGAGGAGAAAAAGAGAGGAAGAGAUUUGUCAGGUGAUGAACGCCUGAUCCUGCUCCUGAAGGACGUCAAGGGUUUAUCAUGUGACUCUUUGGAGAGUUUAAGUCGUGCAUGUCCAAACAUUCACUCCGUAUCUGUGAACGUUGAUGAUUAUGAAAAUACUAGAGGAAGAAGCCAGGGGUCCCUGUUAGCCGCAGGCCUCCAGACGUGGUCAGGCCAGCUGCGGAGCCUCUCGCUACACUACACCGGCCCUCUGGUGGAUCUCCUUCCUGCCUUGCAAGUUGCAGGCUCCUCUUUGGUCUCCCUCACCCUGGAGGGGGUAAAAACCAGCCCUCACACCCCUCUACUGGAGGUCAUCAAGGCCUGUCCCAGACUCAGAGACCUGCUCAUCUCUGCCGAACCUCCCACCACCCCGCAGGGAGCAGAAGACGAGGAGGAUCAGGGGGGCGAACAGGAUCUACCAGAGCUGCCUAACCUCUGCUCUCUGACACUCAAUUUCUCCUAUGAGCACAGCCAAAUGAAGCCUGUCAUGUCCUGGAUGUCCCUGAAGAAAGUACUCAAGUGCCUCCUGACUGGUUCUCCUUUACUGGAGGAGAUCUCCCUGGUCUCCCUGCCCUGCCCUCUGAACUGCCUUUUACAGGAUGUACUGCGCGUGUUGGACUUGGAGCAGUAUCUCUUUGCAGAUCCCACAAACUCACCAUCCAUGCCACUUGGACGUGUAAAACGUAUUGACCUGCGGCGCACUGAUGUGAAGAUGAUAACAGUGAGAAGUGUAAUGCAACGGAGCAAGAGACUCAAGUAUGUCGAUGUGAGUUACUGCUGGCAGAUCAGACAGCUUGAGUGGUUGAAAUGCGAAACGUCCAGUAAAGUCCAAGUGGUCUGGUUGUAGUGAAGAGAUGAGCAGCUUCCAAAACAGAGGCAGCACUGUUGAAGGUGAAUGAAUAAUACUUCAAAAAUACAAUGCACACCUUUAACAACGUCAGUUACAGUAUAUCAGCUUGCAUGACUAAAACUCUAUAACUUUUGUUAUUUUUGUAAAUGAAGUCCUAUAACAUGCUAAACAAAUUGAUUUUACAGACUUUUUUUCCAGUGACAGAUUGCAAUAUGUUCCUAAUACUUGUAUCAAAUCAAUCACAUGUUAUUCCCAUAAGGCCUUGAAUAAAUGACACACUGUAGUUUCUCUAUUGUGUUUUAAAUAAAUCUUUUGACUAUCGUGUUUUUUUAAGGUAAUAAGUGAA